CUUCCUCAACAACUGUGCCGAUUUAUCUAUUAGCUGAAAUAUGAAAGUCCUCAUACCGUUAUUAUUGGUCUGUCAAUUGCUUUUGGGAUGUGCAGCUAAUAGAGCUGUAUAUGACGAUAGUUUAAAUUCACAGGUUUGUGUGGGUAUGUAUUCUAAGCAUGAUUGGGGUGGAAGUUACAAGCCUCAAAUCAACUUGAAGUUGUCAAGGUUCGGAAAAGAUAAGUAUAAGAAGAACAAGAAAAUUUCAGAACAACCACACACUGAAGAUAUCAAGAUGACAUACAUUAUUUUCGAGUACCAAGAUUUUCACAGCAUUGGUUACCAUUUCGAUGAUGGCCAAGUUAAAUAUAUUUGCGAUGAUACGGCUAUUAACAGCUUGGGUAUUUGUGACCAAAAGCAGAAGGGCAAAUUCAUUAUCAAUAACAACAGUACCAAAAAUACCAUUUUAACGAACCAAUUGACACAUUUGGGCCAGGCAAAUUUUUCUUAUCCGAUUAACGAAACUGGAUUUUACUGUGUCUCUACAUUUGUGGAAGAUGAAACCAUUAAAUAUAAUGGGAUCAUUAAUUUUCAAAAUGCCUUUGGUCAGUUGAGUGCCAGUGAAAUUCCCAAACUCCCAGCAUAUGGAAUAUUGACCUUACUAUAUGCUAUUGCCAUUGGAUUGUUUGGAUUCCAAUUCUUCAAGAAGAGAAAGGCGAAUCAAAUCUUGCCUUUGCAACGUUAUCUUUUGGCCAUGUUGGGGUUGUUGACCUUUGAUACUUUGGUUGUAUGGUCAUACUAUGAUUUAUUGAACAGGUCCAAAAACCCUCUGUCGGGUUUUGUUAUCUUUUACAUGGCAUUCUUGUCGAUUUUGAAUUCCUUGAAAUUGACUUUUUCAUUCUUCCUUUUGCUUUGCAUUGCUUUAGGAUAUGGAGUUGUGGUGGUCAAAUUGGACAAAAAGAUAAUGUUGAAGUGUAAAAUCCUAGCUGGGUUCCACUUUGUCGCCUCUUUAUUAUACUUGUUUUCCAGUUACUACAAUGAUUCUGUUGCUUCCAUCAACUCUACUUCGUCGUUUGAUGAUGAUUCAUCGGAUGAAUUGUUAGCAUUACUACCAUUGAUCCCUGUUACAGUCACUUUGUGUAUCUAUUAUGCCAUGAUUUUGAUCUCAAUUAAGAAAACUACUGCCAAUUUGAACAAGCAAAGACAAGUGAUCAAAUUGAAAUUAUAUGAAAGUUUAUUCCGGAUCAUAUUUUUAUCUUUCUUCUUGACAUUUGCUGGUAUACUUGUUGCUAGUUUCAUUUUCUUGAGCAUGUCAACUACACAGCUCAUUGAACAGAGUUGGAAGAGUACCUUUUUCAUCUUUGAAUUCGCCCCAAGUGUUAUUUACUUCAUCAUUUUCAUGGGUAUUGCUUGGUUGUGGAGACCAACUGAAACAAGCUAUAUGUUGGCAGUCAGUCAACAAUUAAGUACUGAAGAAAACGAUGAAAACAAUGCUGGAACAGGAUUCGAAUUGGAUGACUUAUCGUUAUUAAGUCAUAGCGAUGAUGAAGAUGCUCGAGUUCGUGAAAGAGACAGCUUUGAAUUGAGAGAAGAUGUCAACGGUGCUCUUCCACCAAGCUACGAAAGUGCACAGGCUCAUGAUCAUCACCAACCGGUUGAGAGAACUGACAGUAAUACUUUGUUUGAGUUGGGUGAUGAAAGUGAUGAAGAAGAUAGACAUAGCGAUGACAGAUUGAGAGGGAAAAAUCAAGAAUAAUAGCUCCCCUCAGAAUAUUAAAAAUGGGUAUUGAAGCCCGAAGACACAACCUACGUAUAUAUCUUUCAUAAACAUACACGUGA